AUGACAACGUCCGCGGACUCACGGGCCCCGACGUCCUCGACAUCUUCCCCUGCAUCCCAGUCCAGCAAGUCCACUAAGGGCCCGAAAUCGACCCUGCCCGCGGACAAGGUCUUUUCCAUCCAGAUCGGAAGGGAACUGUUUCAGGUAUCUGGGGCUUCGAUCGUAUCGGAUUCGCCGUCGUAUUUUUCGCAGUUCUUCGAAGAGCAGUUACGGACGGCGCAUGGGUCGAACCUUCGGACACUCUAUAUUGAUCGGGAUCCGGUGACGUUUCAGGAGAUCGUGAGGCAUCUACAGGGAUACUAUAUAAAGCCCAAGAAUAAUGAGCAGUUUGUCAGGUUGUUUGCGGAUGCCCAGUUCUACAGCUUACCCCGACUCAUGGCCCAGCUAUUCGAGUCAGAGAUCUACAUGCAAAUAGGCGACCGCGACUUCAGCAUUCCGCGCGACCUCUUCUCGAACCUGGGCGACUCGCCCAAUUUCUUUUCCCUGGGAUUCGCCAUCUGCUGGUCAAAUCCAAAAGAUGUCUUCCCAGGACUAGACCGCAACUCACUCCUUCGUCCACCACCCAUUAAUCCCCCAGCGGUGCCAAACCGCUCCGGCGAGAUCUUUGCGGACAUCAUCCGCCUUCUGAACGGGUACCCCUUGCACAUCCGGAACGAGGAGCACCGCACCUCCCUCCUCCGAGAUUGUCGAUACUACCACCUGCGCGGUCUAGAGCAGAAAGUCAUUCCGCAUGAGAUCUCUGAAAACCCUCUCCGCGGACGGUCCGAAAUCAUCAUCCGUCUCGAGGACGUGCGACAAUCCGGCGUCCAAUUUUCGAGCGAUACACCCGUGUCCUCACCGCUCUCUGACCCAGGUCUAACGGGCGGAUGGGUCGUAUACGCGCGACCCUUUGUCGACGACAAAUCUCACGAUCUGAUCAUCGAAAUCGGCGGAGACAGCGCCACGCUGGAUCUCACGUCCAUGCGGGCCGAUUUCCAUGGUCUUGCCAAAGCCCGCGUGUCGAGCCUGUUCCAGGUCGUCGCGAACAAGAUGAACCUCCCCACCAAGGCACCGCUGGGUCUGAUGAUGAUGUCCGGCGGCGCGAGUGCUCAACCGGCUAGUCCUGCUCAUUCCGCGCUAGGGGAGGAUCGAGUCGCUAUUCGAAUCGGCCGGGAUACCGAUCUGGUCGUGGAUGGCGAGGAAUAUGUCUUUCCUAGUAGUGAUGAUGACAGUAACCCCGCUUUUAGUCCUCAGCCACGUCCGAUGAAACGGAGGAGGAUCGAUAUGGAGCAGAUGGGCUCAGACAUGCUGUCGCCGUUUGAUCCUUCCAGCACGAAUGCAUAUACAUAUACAUCGCCUCAUGCACAUACAGAAACGUCGCGGUUAAACGGGCUCAUGACACGAGACUGGGUCGUGCGGACUGGUCAGUGGCGUCUACGGGUUCAGCGGAAUGAGUCUGCAAAUAGGUUCGAGUUGGUCUUCAUAGCCGUCAAACUGGAUGUGUAUACCACGGAGCGGAGGAGGAAUAAGGCCCGGCAGUUCUUGUCUGGACGUUGA